AACAGAUUGAAGAAGAUCGUAUGCAUGAACAGAUUCAUGUAUUUCUGUGAAGAAGAGAGAGAGAUCACUUCAAAUUUGGGAACUUUUCUUAUUACAUAUUGAUUCUCACGCCAUUUCUCCGCCUUAUAUCUAAGAUCUUUUGAAACCUGUGCCCAAGGAGCAGUCUAAUUGAAUCUGCGUUGUAUAUUCUUCACAGUUGAAAAGGCAAAAAAACACCGUUGGAGUUGCUGCAGUUAGUUACUUGAUAUAUUCUACUGUGGAUUUUCAACUGGCAUACCUGCAUUGUACCCUUAUAUGAAGUUAGAUCAAUCUUCUACAAGUUGUCAGCUCUUGUUUGCACUGCUCCAGUGCAUCACGGGACAAAAACAUCUUGAUUGCUGAAGAAAUUGGUCUGCAACAGUCAAAAUUUCCUAUUGCUAAAGUCAUAGUUCUAACUUCAAUAUAUACUAGUGGUUGAAUUGAGGCUAACGUAAGGAAGUCCUAGAGGGUGAACUGCUAUAUCUGAUGGAGGAAAUGGUUUCACCGUCAUGCCAAAAACAACCAAUGUCUGCUUGGAAGUGCUCAUCAAGAGGGUCUUGCAAAGACCUGUGGAUUGCUGCACGCGAAGGCUCUAUUGGUGAUGUUGAUUCAUGCCUGACAUUUCUAAAGAAGAGUGGUGGGAAUAUCAAUGCCAGGAAUCUUUUUGGGCUUACACCUCUUCACAUAGCUACCUGGAGAAAUCAUAUCCCAAUAAUUAAAAGACUACUUGCAGCUGGCGCAGACCCUAAUGUUAGGGAUGGAGAAUCAGGCUGGAGUUGUCUUCAUCGAGCACUGCAUUUUGGACAUCUUGCAGUUGCUAGUAUCCUUCUCCAAUCCGGUGCUUCUAUCACUCUGGAAGACUCGAAAUCUAGAACACCUAUUGAUCUAUUAUCGGGACCUGUUGAGAAAAACAAUUCAGUGGCCACAGAAGUCUUUAGCUGGGGCAGUGGAGUGAAUUAUCAGCUAGGAACAGGAAAUGCCCACAUUCAGAAGUUGCCCUGCAAAGUUGAUUCCCUCCGUGGCUCUGUGGUUAAAUUAGUCUCUGCAGCAAAGUUUCACAGUGUUGCAGUCACUUCUCGUGGAGAAGUCUAUACUUGGGGUUUUGGAAGGGGUGGCCGUCUUGGCCACCCUGACUUCGAUAUACACAGUGGUCAAGCUGCUGUCAUCACUCCACGCCAAGUAAUUUCUGGUUUAGGGGCACGUCAUGUCACGGCAGUUGCUGCAGCCAAGCAUCACACUGUUGUUGCAACAGAGACUGGAGAGGUUUUUACAUGGGGUUCUAAUAGAGAGGGCCAACUUGGCUAUACCUCUGUUGAUACUCAGCCCACACCUCGGAGAGUGAAUUCUCUAAGGUCGGCAGUAGUUGCGGUUGCUGCUGCAAACAAGCACACUGCUGUAGUCACUGACAGUGGUGAAGUGUUUACUUGGGGUUGCAAUAAAGAGGGUCAGCUUGGGUAUGGUACAUCUAACUCAGCUUCCAACUAUACUCCAAGAGUUGUUGAAUAUUUGAAGGGAAAAUUUUUCACUGGUGUUGCCGCAGCUAAGUAUCACACAAUUGUAUUGGGAUCAGAUGGGGAGGUUUUUACUUGGGGCCACCGUUUGGUCUCUCCAAAACGUGUUAUCAUCGGCAAAAACACAAAAAAAGUUGGGAGCACUUCUUUGAAGGUUCAUCGUAAACAUGUUGUAGCCAUUGCUGCUGGUACAACACAUAGUGUGGCCUUGACAGAUGAUGGUGCUUUGUUUUAUUGGGUGUCAGCCGAUCCUGAUUUUCAAUCUCUGCAGUUAUAUCCACUCUGUGGGAAAGACAUUGUCAGUAUCUCUGCUGGGAAGUAUUGGACUGCUGCAGUUACUGUUACAGGUGAUAUUUACUUUUGGGAUGCAAAGAAAGAAAGAGAUAUACCCCACUCAUUGAAUCGGUUGCAUGGAGUGAAAAAAGCUAGUGCCGUGUCUGUUGGAGAGACUCAUUUAUUGAUAAUAAGUUCUCUGUAUCAUCCUCUCUAUAUGUCUCAUGCUAUGGAUGAUCCGCAAAAGCUCAAGCCCAAGUUAAAAUGUGAAAUUGAUGAGCUUGAUGAAGGCUUUAUGUUUGAUGAUAAUGAGCCAGAUGAAGUCUUGUCUCCAGUAAAAAAGGAGGAUGAAAAUAAGAGUGUGCCAAGCUUAAAGAGUUUGUGUGAGAAAUUGGCAGCACAACAUCUUGUGGAGCCACGAACAGCUAUCCAAGUACUGGAAAUUGCGGACUCCUUAGGGGCUGAUGAGUUAAGGAAACAUUGUGAGGAUAUUGUUACUCGGAACCUUGAUUAUAUCCUUGUAGUCUCAGGACAAGCGAUUGGCAAUAUAUCUUUGGAUAUCCUUGUCAGGCUAGAGAAAUUAUUGGACUUGAAGUCAUCCGAACCAUGGAGUAAUCAUCGGCUUCCUACCCCUACGGCACCCUUCCCGGUCAUAUUAUACAGCGAUGGAGAAGAGAGUAGUGAUAAUGAAUCUCUGAGAACGCGUGACUGUAGGAAGAAAAAGAAGGCAUCAAAUUGUAGAGAACAGGGUGAUAGACAGUUAGACAACUUUAUGCAGUCUUGUGAGGACAAAGAAUGGGUUUCAAAGCAGGUCCGAGCGUUGAGAAAAAAGCUGCAGCAGAUUGAGAUGCUUGAAGUGAAGCAGUCCAAGGGGCAGACCCUUGAUGCCCAACAAAUUGCUAAGCUUCAAACAAAGUUUUCUUUGGAACAUUCACUUUCUGAGCUUGGUAUUCCUAUCGAAGAGUUGCAAACUACCAUCUCUGUCAAUGGAAAACAAAGUACUUCUAAAGAGCUGGAGGCAUCCAAUAGGAAGAGGAGAAAAAACAAACAUAAGCAUGCCCAGUCAGAGUUGAAGGAUGGUAACCAUGAAACCAUUGCUGAGCCAAGUCAGGAAAAUGGUUGCUUAGUUGUUAGCAUUGCACCAGCUGAUACUAAGGAGGUCGAGCAUUUGGAAGCAGAUGGGGUUGACCAAGAUUCAAACAAAUCUCCUUCCUCAUUAAAGAAAGAAGAUUUUGGUUGCUCCCAGAAAAGUGCAAAACCGUCACCUAAUAAGCUAAAUAAGAAGAAGAAUAGAAAAGGUGGACUCUCUAUGUUUUUGAGUGGCGGUCUUGACGAUGUUCCUAAAGUCGAGGUGGUUCCACUAGUAUCUCCAAAAGUGGAAGGCCCGGCUUGGGGAGGUGCAAAGAUAGGGAAAGGGUUGUCUGCAUCUCUUCGUGAAAUACAGAAUGAACAGAACAAAGUAAAGGAAACACAGCAAGUUAAGAAGGGCAGCCAAGGGCAGCAGCAGCAGCUGGAGGGGGAUGGCGUCAUUGGUAGAGGGAGGAAGAAACAAUUAAGCGUGUUUUUAUCAUCUAAUCCGGUACCAGUUAAUGCUUCUUCUUCUUCUCCAAGAACAUUAACAACACAAUCAAGGGCCCCACCAGAUGAAGAAAGGAACAACACUCUUCUUCCCUGGGCUGCCACCACAUCUGCCGGAAGCGGCUCUCCUCUUUCACGCCCCUCUCUCAGGGACAUACAAUCUCAGCAGCAGGGGAAGAGACACUACCAGCACGGCCAAUCUAAAAGCCCAACAACUGCAGGAUCCUCCUCUCUUAUGACGAGCGGGUCACCAUCGGACUCUAACAGCGGUUUGAACCGCUGGUUCAAGCCAGAAAUCCAGGCGCCUUCGCCUAUCCGUUCAAUCCAGAUAGAGGAAAGGGCAAUAAAGGAACUGAAGCGCUUCUAUAGCAGUGUUAAGGUUGUUAUGAAGGACCAACGCUCUUAACAAGAAUGUAAUAGUAGUGUCUAGCCAAGUACCCCCCCCCCCUCCCGCGACUCCCAUUGUACCGUAAUAGGCGGUUUAUUUCUCUGUACAUACGCCCGCCCAAAUUGGAUUCCCAUUGCUUCAUUCUUUUUCCAUAUUUGUAGGUAGACAUUAGUGUUCUUCUAGCACUUAAGCUUAUAUACAUCAUUGAGAUGUAUCUCUACAGCCUCUAGCAUCAUCAUUUUCAAAUAAGGAAACAUCUAUGUACACCAUGUUUGAUGGUAGAAUUCAGGCAGGUUUAGCUCCAGAGAACUCGUGAUGAAUAAAAACAAAUAAUUUCGCUGCUGAUUU